AUGUGUACAAUUAAAAUGCAUCUCAUUUCAAUUCAUUUUAUUUCAGAGGUCAAUUUGGAAAAUGGCAGUGUUACUGAAACGCCCAUACAUACACAUGCGACAUCUAAGAGAUCUGUUGGUCAGAUCUCAAUGAUGGCAGCGAUGCCUGACGUGUUGGUAGCACAACAUAGCACCGAUGGAAUUGAAUGCAUGUUUAUUAUGUAUUGUUGCCAGCAGGAGCGAUGGCUGUGGAAUCCAACGAAUACAAGAGCGGCACCUUCACCCAUUGCUCAUCUUACUUGGUUGAAAACAAAUUAG